AUGGGAAAAUCGACGAACGGUAACAGAGACUGGACGCAGAUGUACGCGAUCUAUGGAAUGGAGCAGCGCCAAACCCUAAUUUUCCUCAUCUGCCAGGCUAUGCUCUUCUCUGUGUUGUCUGUUUUGUAUCUUCUUUAUUUUGAUCUCGUUUGCAACUUUUUCGAGCGAAUCUUUUCCGGCGCCGGCGGAACCGCGCGAUUCGCCGCCGGAAUCACUGGCUCCGUUACGGCGCUUUCUGCACUGUGCCUCUUCUUCGCGGCGGCGAACUUUUUCUACUCCUCCGUGCCGCUGCACUUCGACAUGGCGCAGCGCAUCGUCUCCGCUGUGCACGACUGGUCCUCCGUGAAGCUCGCGCUGGACCUCGGCUGCUGCGGCCGCGGCAUCCUCCUGAACGCGGUAGCGACGCAGAUGAAGAAGGAAGGGAGCUCCGGACGUGUAGUCGGCCUCGACCGGUCGAAGCGCACGACGCUGUCGACGCUCCGCGCGGCGAAGAUGGAAGGAGUCGGCGAGUACGUGACGUGCCGCGAGGGUGACGCGCGUAGGCUGCCCUUUCCAGAUAACUACUUCGACGUGGUGGUGUCCGGCGUGUUCGUGCACACGGUCGGGAGGGAGUACGGCGCGCGCACGGCUGAGGCCGCGGCUGAGAGGAUGCGCGCGGUGGCGGAGUUGGUGAGAGUGAUGAAGCCUGGUGGAGUGGGAGUGGUGUGGGACCUAUUGCACGUGCCGGAGUACGUGCUUAGGUUGCAGGAGUUGAAUAUGGAAGAUGUGAGAGUCUCCGAGCGUGUAACAGCCUUCAUGGUGAGCAGCCACAUCGUAUCAUUCCGGAAGCCCAGUCAGCACGUGCAUGGCCCCGCGGAGGUCCGCUUGGAUUGGAGAUUAUGCUGA